AAUGAACCCAUAAGAUCAUUAAAAUCAAUUUGCUCAAAACUUUAGACCUCUAUAAAUUUUCCCUAAUUACAUGAAUAAUUUGCCUAUGACUUAUCCAUUUUCUUCUGCUUAUUCAUACAAUACUCCUCAAUCAAUGUAUAUUAAUAGAUAAUUUCCUUAUUUCAUUAUGACUGAUCUAUUACAUAAUCAAAAGCUACAAUAGCAAAAAGUAGUUAUAACAAUUUCGAGUGAUGAAGAGGAUGCUCCUCAAGAACCUUAGGAACAAGCUCCAAAACCUGUUGCAAAAGCACCUGCUCAACCCAAAAAGGUGCCUAAGAUCUUGGAUUUGGAUUAGUUGGAAAGUUAAGGAAGGGUUUAUGAUUAUGAAUCUUCUGUGUCCCCUUAACUUCCAAGAAGAGUCUCAAAAAGUUUAAAUUUUUAGAAGACAAUGCGAUAAAUGCAUUAUGAAUCAUUCUAAUCACCUAAACAAAAGAAGAAGCCUUAGAAAAAUCGUAAGGAACCUGCUCGCAUCCAACCUAAGUUAGUAAAGCAAGUUCAAAUAGGAAGAUAGCGCCAACUAAUUGUAUUCCCUCAAUCGAAUGUGAAAACGCGUUUAAUCAGAGUUUACACAAAAAAUGAAGAGAAAUGUACAUGAUAUAAUUUAUAUGAGACAGUCUAAAAAUUACUCAAUAUCAUCUUGUAGAAUUUUCCAAAUGCUAAUGAUGAGGAUGUAGUAAGAAUACUUAAUUUCACUGGUAAAUCAUAUAAGAAAGCUAUUAACUUUGUUCAAGAAAAUGGAUUUCUAGUAUAAUAUUUGAUUGAGAGUAAGAAGAAUUUAAAAUAUCAUUUUAGCUUAUUAGAAUAAUAUCUUAUCAAGUGAAGAUGAAUCAACAAAUAAAAAGUGA